AUGGCGUUGCAAGGUCAAGGGGUAGACCCAAGUGAACGCCUCUUCAUCGAGUUGCGCAGCAAAAAUGACGAGGUCAAGAACAAGGCUGCCAAUGAACUGCGCGAUCUCAUCACAUUACUUUCAAGAGAAUGGUCUCCCGAACGCUUCAGCGCCUUCUACGACAGAGUAACCAACCGCAUCAGCAAUCUGAUAGUCCAAGCCCCGGAUGCCAGUGACAAGGUCGGAGGAGUCCUCGCUCUAGAUCGGCUGAUAGAUUGUGAAGCGGUGGAUGCUGCCCAAAAGGCGUCAAAAUACUCAAACUACCUCCGUGCGGCCUUAAAGAGCAAUGACUACACCGUCCUGGAUGCUGCCAGUCGCGCUCUGGGGCAUCUCGCCCGGCCAGGAGGGGCUUAUACUGCGGAACUCGUUGAAGCGGAGAUGACUUCGGCGUUUGAAUGGCUACAACCGGAGAGCAAACAGGAGAGUCGAAAACUGGCUGCGGUACUUCUUAUUCGAGAGAUGGCGAAGAAUUCUCCCACGCUCGUCUACGGCUUCAUCCCGCAAAUUUUUGAGUUGAUCUGGAACGCCCUCCGAGACCCGAAAGACCUCAUUCGACGAAUUGCUGCCCAGUCUGUCAGUGCAUGCUUCGGAGUCAUGGUGGCAAGAGACGCUCAGUUUCAAGCCCACUGGUUUGCCAAAAUAUACUCCAAGGCCUUGGAAGGGUUUCGCCCCAACACGACUGUCGACGAGACCCUUGGAUCUCUCCUGAUUCUGAUGGAACUGCUCCAGCAGGGAAACAUGUUCAUGCAUGACUUCUACAGAAACACCUGUGAGAUUGUCCUGCGCCUUAAGGAUCACCGGGACCCUCGGAUCAGGACGCAGAUCGUCCAGAUUAUUCCUGUGCUUGCCGAAUACGCACCCCUCGAAUUCAUCAACAACUACUUGCACAAGUUCAUGAUCUACCUCCAAGCCCAAUUGAAACGGGAAAAAGAGCGCAAUCAAGCAUUUGUUGCUAUUGGCCAAAUUGCCAAAGCCGUCGGAAGCGCUAUCGCACAGUAUCUCGAUGGAAUCAUCCUCUACAUUCGAGAGUCGCUGAGCGCGAAAACCAAAAAUAGGGCUGCCGUCGAUGAAGGGCCAAUGUUCCAGUGCAUCAGCAUGCUUGCCGGAGCGGUCGGCCAAACCCUCAGCAAGUACAUGGAAGCGCUGCUAGAUCCAAUCUUCGCAUGUGGCCUCACAGAGCCCAUGGAAAAAGCGCUCGAGGACAUGGCACACCAUAUUCCUCCAAUUCGAGGAACCAUACAGGAUAAGUUGCUUGAUCUUUUGAGCCUGAUACUUGUCCGUUCUCCCUACAGACCGCUUGGAUGCCCGGCCAAUACGACACCGCCCCUCCCCGCGUUUGCGAAGGACUAUGGCGGUCUUCCUGCCGAGCAUAAGGACAGCGAAAUAACCCUUGCCCUCAUGACGCUUGGACAAUUUGACUUCUCAGGCCAUAUUCUCAACGAAUUCGUACGCGAUGUCACCCUUCGCUAUGCUACCAAUGAGAAUCCCGACAUCCGGCGAGCUGCAGCUCUAACAUGCUGUCAAUUGUUCAUGCAAGAUCCCAUUCUCCACCAGACCAGUAAUAAUGCUAUCCAGGUUGUUGGCGAGGUGGUGGACAAGCUGUUGACGGUGGCUGUUGGGGACCCAGAUGCUGAUAUUCGGAUGACAGUUCUCCGGGCUUUGGACAAAAAAUUCGACAAGCACUUGGCGAGACCUGAAAACAUUAGAUGUCUGUUCCUGGCCGUCAACGAUGAAGUUUUCGCUGUUCGCGAAGCUGCCAUCGAAAUAAUUGGGAGGUUGACCACGGUCAAUCCCGCCUACGUAUUCCCGCCGUUGCGAAAACUGCUGGUGAACCUUCUGACUGGCCUUGGAUACUCCAACACCGCCAAGCAAAAAGAAGAGAGUGCGCGUCUGAUCAGCUUAUUCGUAUCAAAUGCAACGUCGCUGGUCAAGACAUAUGUUGAGCCAAUGGUUUCGGCUCUUCUACCCAAAGCUACCGACCCAAACCCUGGUGUGGCGUCGACUACGACCAAGGCUCUCGGGGAUCUGACGUCUGUUGGAGGUGAAGAAAUGGUUCAGCAUAUCCCUGAGCUCAUGCCGAUCAUCAUCGAUGCCUUGCAAGACCUGGGAUCCCAUGACAAGCGCGAAGCGGCGAUGAAGACACUGAGCUCACUUGCGGUCAACUCUCAAUAUGUGAUAGACCCAUACAUGGAUUACCCAGAACUCCUUGGAAUAUUGAUCAAUGUGAUCAAGACGGAGGCUCACGAGGAACUCCGAACAGACGCCAUCAAAUUGGUUGGCGUUUUGGGAGCGCUGGAUCCCUAUAAAUACCAGCAGCUGAGCGAGUCUAUUGCUGAAAAGCAAAGCAAAGCCGAGAUACAACCCGUUUCCGACGUCGCCCUGAUCAUGCAAGGAUUGACCCCUUCAAAUGAGGAGUACUAUCCAACUGUGGUUAUCAAUACUCUCAUGCAAACGAUCCUGGCCGACCACACGCUUGUUCAAUAUCACAGUGCCGUGAUCGAUGCAGUUGUGACCAUUUUCAAGACCAUCGGUAUGAAGUGUGUGCCCUUUUUAGGCCAGAUCGUCCCCGGCUUCCUCGGCGUCAUCCGCAGCUCUCAUCCCACUCGUUUGGAGUCGUAUUUCAAUCAACUUGCAGUUCUUGUCACGAUUGUCCGACAGCAUAUCCGUGCGUUCUUGCCCGAAAUCAUCGACGUGAUUCGAGAAUUCUGGAAUGUGUCGAGACAAGUGCAAGCGACGAUUCUCUCUCUCAUCGAGGCCAUAUCCAAGUCUCUCGAGGGAGAGUUCCGACGAUAUCUAGCUGGGCUCCUACCGCUCAUGCUUGCCGUUAUUGAGAACGAUACGGAUUUGAGAAGAGAAUCCUCCAUUCGGAUCCUACACACAUUUCUGGUGUUCGGCUCUAGUGGUGAAGAAUACAUGCAUAUGAUGGUACCGGCGAUUGUUGGCAUCUUUGAGAAUCCCGCAGCUCCUCCCAAUGCUCGACGGGCUGCUAUCGAUACUCUCGGAAAGCUAUCCAGGACUGUUAAUGUCACGGAUUUUGCCUCUCUCAUGAUUCAUCCACUGGCGAAGAUAUUAUCGUCGCCGGAGAAGGCUGUGACGAACUCGUCUGAACGCUCCCUAAAGGCUGCUGCUCUAGACUGCAUUUGCGCAUUGAUCUACCAUCUGGGCCAGGAUUUUGUACAUUAUCUGCCUCUCGUUGAGAGGGCCGCAAAGGCGGGCCAGAUAAAUUCUGAACGCUUCCAAAAAUUGAUCGAGAACUUCAAAACUGGCAAGGCUUUGCCGGUGGGGUUCUACCCCGAAGAGCAAUAUGGUAUGACGGCAGAAGAUACAACCUACUCCAAUAUUACAUCCAUGAGACUUCCGGUCAACCAACAACAUCUGAAAAAUGCAUGGGACACAUCUCAGAAAUCAACAAAGGAAGAUUGGCAGGAGUGGAUGAGAAGGUUCAGUGUCGAACUUUUGAAAGAGUCUCCGUCUCACGCGUUGCGGGCGUGUGCCAGUCUGGCUACCGUUUACCAGCCCCUCGCCAAAGAGCUGUUCAAUUCCGCCUUCGUUUCCUGUUGGACAGAACUCUAUGAUCAGUACCAGGAAGAACUGAUACGCUCCAUUGAGAAGGCCCUGACAUCGACAAAUAUUCCUCCAGAUAUCCUGCAGACAUUACUCAAUCUCGCUGAAUUUAUGGAGCACGACGACAAAUCGUUGCCGAUUGACAUCCGGACACUCGGUCGCUUUGCUUACAAGUGCCACGCUUUCGCCAAAGCUUUGCACUACAAGGAACUUGAAUUCGAACAGGACCAAAACAGCCAGAGCGUCGAGGCGUUGAUCAGCAUCAACAAUCAGCUACAACAGUCCGACGCCGCUAUUGGCAUUCUGCGGAGGGCGCAAGUCUUCGGCGAAGUCGAAUUGAAAGAGGCAUGGUUUGAGAAACUACAGAGGUGGGAAGAGGCGUUGGCCGCAUAUCAGAAGCGUGAAAAACUUGAACCGGACAAUUUCGACGUCGUCAUGGGUAAAAUGCGCUGUCUCCACGCCCUCGGUGAAUGGAAAAUGCUCUCUGAAAUUGCCCAAGAACAUUGGAACGGUGCGACCCAAGAAAACCGCAAGAACAUGUCGGCUCUCGCCGCAGCGGCAGCUUGGGGUCGCGGCGAAUGGGAUCUCAUGGACAACUACAUCAGUGUCAUGAAAGAGAGCUCCCCCGACCGAGCAUUCUUUGGUGCAAUCCUUGCCAUUCAACGAAACAAUUUUGCCGAGGCCCACAACUUCAUUGUUCGGGCUAGAGAAGGUGUCAAUUCCGAAAUUACAGCUACAAUUGGAGAGUCUUACAACCGUGCUUAUAGUGUGGUUGUCCGAGCACAAAUGCUCGCAGAACUCGAGGAGAUUAUCGUGUACAAACAGAGUGAGGGUCAAGUCGAUAAGCAAAAUUCGUUGAAGGUGUUGUGGAACAAGAGGCUGCUUGGCUGUCAGUCACAUGUUGAGGUUUGGCAGCGAAUGCUGAAAGUCAGAGCUCUUGUUCUGACACCGACCGACAAUCCUGAUAUCUGGAUCAAAUUUGCAAACCUUUGUCGAAAGUCAGAUCGCAUUGGACUGGCUGAGAGGUCUCUAGCAUCUCUAGGCGGUGUCAGCGACGCCGCUGCGAGUUCUGGUGCAGCACCCCCCCCUGUUGCAUAUGCUCGACUGAAGUUCAAUUGGGCCACGGGAAACCAGCAGCAAGCGCUCUCGUUCCUUCGCGAGUUCACCGUGAGACUUGCCGACGAAUUCCAACAAGUAAAUGCCGCCCUAGCAAAUGGUAUACACAACGACAGAAUGAACAACAUGAAUGGCCUUGACAUAAACGGGCACGAUGCACUGGCUCAGAGAAGAAAACACGAUGAUCUCGACAAAUGCGCGAAACUCCUAGCAAAAUGUUACCUGAGGCAAGGAGAAUGGCAGUCUUACCUUCUCAGAGGCGAUUGGACGAGUCCACGGGCUCACGACGCCGUGCGUGACAUUCUCAACUCAUACCAAGCUGCAACGCAGUACAAUGAGUCAUGGUACAAGGCGUGGCAUGCUUACGCGCUCGCGAAUUUCGAAGUGGUCACCUCGAUGGCAUCUCACACUGAUCAGGACAAAGUCCGCAGCCUCCCGGAGCACGUCAUCCACAACCACGUUGUUCCUGCCAUCGGAGGCUUCUUCAGAUCCAUAGCCUUGUCGAAAACAAGUUCUCUCCAGGACACCCUGCGGCUCUUGACACUCUGGUUUGCUCAUGGUGGUCAUGGCGAGGUCAAUCAAGUGGUGAACGAAGGCUUUGCCUCUGUUAGUAUCGACACAUGGUUGGAGGUUAUUCCCCAGUUGAUUGCCAGAAUCAAUCAACCCAAUUCCAAAGUUCGAAACGCCGUCCAGCGGCUUCUCUCGGAAGUUGGCAAAGCUCAUCCUCAGGCACUUGUCUAUCCUUUGACAGUGGCAAUGAAGUCUUCCGUGGCGCGUCGUGCCAAUUCUGCAAGCCAAAUCAUGGACAACAUGAGAGGUCACAGCCCCAUUCUGGUGGAGCAAGCCGACCUCGUCAGUCACGAGCUCAUCCGGGUCGCCGUGCUCUGGCAUGAACUUUGGCACGAGGGUCUUGAAGAAGCCUCUCGACUGUACUUCGGGGACCACGACGUGGAAGGAAUGUUGGCAACACUUGCUCCGCUCCAUGAGCUCCUGGAUCGUGGAGCGGAAACCUUAAGAGAGGUCUCUUUUGCCCAGGCCUUCGGACACGACCUUGCGGAAGCCCGAGCCUUCUGUAAUACUUUCCGCCGGUCCAAAGAGAUUGGUGACCUCAAUCAAGCUUGGGAUUUGUACUAUGCAGUCUUCCGCAAGAUUGCCCGGCAACUUCCACAAUUGAUGAGCCUUGAUCUGAAGUAUGUGUCGCCACGGCUUAAGGAUGCCCACGACCUGGAUCUUGCUGUUCCUGGUACUUACCAAUCGGGCAAGCCAAUCAUCAAGAUCGUGAGCUUCGACCAUGUUCUGACGGUAAUUCCCUCCAAACAACGCCCCCGAAAGAUGACCCUCAAAGGCUCAGAUGGUAUAUCCUAUGCCUUUGUCCUUAAGGGCCACGAGGAUAUCCGGCAAGAUGAACGGGUCAUGCAACUCUUUGGUCUCGUCAAUACUCUUCUGAACAAUGACACUGAAUCCUUCAAGCGUCAUCUUAACAUUCAACGCUUCCCAGCUAUUCCCUUAUCUCAGAAUUCUGGAUUGCUCGGUUGGGUACCCAACUCGGACACUCUCCAUAACUUGGUGAAGGAAUACCGGGAGUCUCGCCGCAUCUUGCUCAACAUUGAACACCGAAUCAUGUUACAAAUGGCGCCCGAUUAUGACAACCUCACCCUCAUGCAGAAAGUUGAAGUCUUUGGAUAUGCCAUGGACAACACAACCGGGAAGGAUUUGUAUCGCGUCCUUUGGCUCAAAUCGAAGAGUUCCGAAGCCUGGCUGGACCGACGAACCAACUACACUCGGUCAUUGGCUGUCAUGUCCAUGGUCGGCUACAUCCUGGGGUUAGGUGACCGCCACCCGUCGAAUCUCAUGCUUGAUCGCAUCACGGGGAAGAUUAUCCACAUCGAUUUUGGUGACUGCUUCGAGGUGGCGAUGCAUCGUGAGAAGUAUCCAGAGAGAGUUCCGUUCCGGCUUACGAGAAUGCUCACCUUCGCGAUGGAAGUCAGCAACAUCGAAGGCUCAUUCCGAAUCACCUGCGAAAAUGUCAUGCGUGUGAUUCGCGAGAACAAAGAGUCUCUCCUCGCUGUCUUGGAAGCUUUCAUUCACGAUCCACUGCUUAAUUGGCGCCUAAACACCCGCGAAUCUCCACCUCGACCACAUUUCCGAUCGGAACGCAGACAGAGUAUCAUUGACGCUCCCGGUGCGCAAACUGGAGACUACGAUCGCAGUCCAAUGGAAACAGCAAACAAUCCAGCCGCCAUGAUGGGUGCCACAGCGCACAGCCACGUUGGCGCCCCUCCUGGCCGCAGACACCGACGUAGUAGCAUCCUUGACCCGGCCAUGGGCGGCGGUAGUAUCCUGGACGCUGCCAAGGUCGUGGACAACAAUGCCGCGGCUCAAGAGGCCAAAGAAAUCCAGAACGCUCGUGCUCUGCAGGUCCUGGCCCGAGUCAAAGAGAAGCUCACCGGUCGUGAUUUCAAGCCCACCGCUCCCGGAACCAGCGUGGCUGGCUUGCGGCCCAACCUCAGUGGCCUUGGUCUAGAGUCUCUGAUGAUUGUGAACGGAGGGAGCAUGAAUCAUUCCAAUGACAUUGGCACGGAGACGGGUAAACAAGUCGCUGUUGCUGGUUCUGUGCCAGAGACGACCAUGGCCGGUAUCGGUGGCCUCGGUGUCGCAGAGCAAGUUGACCGGCUCAUUCUGCAGGCCACCAACGUCGAGAAUCUCUGCCAGCAUUAUAUCGGGUGGUGCUCAUUCUGGUGA